UUCUUUUUUAUCAACCUAGCACAAGAUGGAGUUCUUCAGAGUCUUUCUUCUCAUUCUUCUACUACUACAGGUUUUCGCAAAAGUUUCGCCUGAAGCAACUAAUUCUCUUGGUACUUAUGAAGGAACUAAAGGAAGUCAGAUUGUGGCUCUUAAUAAAGAACAUGUCCAGUUGCACAAAAUAAAUUGCAACCAUGAAUGUUCUCGGAGAUGCAGCAAAGCAUCUAAAAGGAAGAGAUGCAAAAGAGCAUGCAAGUCAUGUUGCCACAGAUGCCACUGUGUACCCCCUGGCACCUUUGGCCAUAAGGACCUUUGUCCAUGUUAUGCACGCCUCAAGACUCAUGGGAAUAAACCCAAAUGCCCUUGAAUUCUCUAUAUUAUUUAUUUCAAUUAUAUACUUACAUGAUUGAAUGCAUAAGGAAUAAAAUCCAGGAGUACCUCACAUGCAUUUUACUACAACAAGCUUAUGCUCUUUCUUGUAAUUUCACUUUGUAUUUCAAUUUGAAUGAUUCCUUUUCUUUGUUUCCAGU